CCCAAGAACAAUUGACAUUAGACAUUAGACAUUAGACAUUAAUUAAACAUUUUGUAAUUUACAUUCUGCUCUCAUUCUGCUCCCCUAUUCGCUAUUUUCCAUUCAUGUUUAAUCCUCUUUCCUUUGCAAGGAGUCUGUUCCUUGCGUGUCUCAGUACUGGGUUGGUCCUCCUAUUAUCAUCAUCUUCUUUUUCUUCUUCCUCCUCAAUCUAUUUCGUCUCUGCUCAAUCCCAGAAUUGCCACAGUUGUAUCAAACGUACAGUCCCUCUUGUCGACAACUGUUCUGCUCUGACGCCCGCUCAAUAUCAAACCCUGGACAAGUUAAUCCAUGGAGCCAAAGUUCAUGAGAACAUUGGUGUCUACCAUCGUGAGGAUCCCAAAGGGUUUGACUGCUUGGUCGCUUUGAUGUGGGAUAUCGUUCAUUACAAGGCAAAGCUCUGGGGUGCUUGUCUAGACCCCAAAACUGCUUGUCCCUGGGGAGAAAUGAUGCAUUAUUUCACAAUCAUCCCUAAAAUCGCGUCCAUCUAUGGUGCUCAGAACCCACCUGCUCCCAUCUUGGUCGAUGCACCCAAGUAAAAAAAAAAAAAAAAAAA